UUCAGUCACACUGGCGGCGAGACAGUGGCUGAAAUUCGAAGCGCAGCAAAAUACAAAAAAAAACGAAGAAACAGAACGCAAGAACGCAAUCAAAUAAGUAGCAACAGGACAACACGAGUCGAAAGAACCAAAGAAUAAAAAACGAAACGUAACGGAUUUAUGCAUAUCUAGCAUAUUUAUUUAUAAACGUGUGUUAAAUGCGCAACACAGCAGUCGCCGCUGCUGCCGCCGUCGCCGCCGCAUUUCGUUGUGUUUAGUGCCAAGUGCAAUUAUCGAGCGUCGUUCGUCGUUUUGCAUCUUCUUCUUCCCGCCCCCUCGCUCUUACUAUCAUCCUUCACAUUGUUGUUGUUUGUGUUGUGUUUUGGGUGCUAAAUAUUUAGCGUGAGUGUGUGUGGAAGGAAAUUCAAAAGUCUAUUCAAUUUUGUGUUGCGGAAAUUAAGUCGUUUAUCUCUCGUUCUCCAUGUGUGUUAGUGUUGGUGUGUGUCUGUGUGUAUGUGAAAGAAAAGGUGAUACAAAAAAGGCGCAGUAGCCACAAAGCAGCGACCCCAAAGCCAAAGCAGAGCAGAGAAGCAUUCGUAUGCAAGAAUUGUCGUCGUCGUCGUCGUUGUCAUUAUAACGUUAACGUCGAGCAGCGACGUUUGCCGCGCUGCGUCCGGUUUAAAUUCAAUCAAGCGGUAACAGAGAGAGAGAUAGAGAGUGAAUAAAGCACACAACUGUGAAACAUUGCCAACGUUGUCGCAUUGUUAUUGCCGUUCUUUUUUUUUUUUUGUUGUUUUGUUGUUUUUUUUCCUGUGUGCUUUUUACGUGAUCGUGAGUGAUCAUUAAACGUGAGUGCAUUCAACUCACGCACGACUCACGCAUGCUGGCGUUAAGCCGACGACAAAAUGAUACAGUGGCGCCAUCUGUGAAUCUGCAUAAGCAACAAAGACAACAACAACAACAGCAGCAACAGCAAUUGAAUCUCACUACUAACGAAAGCUACAACUACAACAAAGCAAAGCUCAAUUCAACCGCAGCAAUGCUCGCCAACGUGCCGUCAACGUCGACGUCUAGUGCAGUCGACGUCGCUGCUGCGAGUGCAGAUGAUGAGCGCAGUAGGCUGCUGGGCAGCACAACGCCGCCGCCGCCGUCGACGUCGCCGCCAACUUCGUUGUCGCUGGCUUUGCCACUUGUGCAUACAACAACAAUGCAUCCGUCCCGCCAACAACAAGAACACGAAAACGAGAGCAUGAAUAAUAAUAAUAAUAACGAUAACAACGAUCAACAGCAACAACAGGAGCAUCAGCUGCUGCUGUUGGAGAGCAGCAGCAGCAACAACAAUUACAACAACAACGACAACAGCAACCGCAGCGACAUCGAGGAUCUGUCCGAGGAGACGGCAACAACAGUUGGCGCCGCUGAUUCCAGCGAUCAAAGUGAUAAAUUCAACCGCCCGCCAAUCACAUCAACAACAACAACCAAUCAGAAAAAGCCCAAGCUCAGCAAGCUGGGCACCAAAAGCGUCGGCCUCAAACGCGUUUCGUUUGGCUCGUCAAAAGGCUCAAUGGUUGAGACGCUGGUCUUUGAGACGCCGACGCCGCUGUCCGAGCACGUGGAGCCGAGCUUUGGUUUCGAUGCUGCCGACGCUGCUGGUCAGCCGCAGCAGCAACAGACGCUGAGCUCCGCAGCAGCAGCAGCAGCGGCGGCAGCGGGGACAACAACAACAGCAGCAGCAGCGACCGCGACGCUUAAUAGCAACAACAGUUAUGGUGACUAUGCGAAACUCAAUAUGGACGACAGCGGCAUCGAAGUGCAGGAAGAAUCGGAACGUUCGAUAGUUCGCGUUUCAAUUUACCAAAGCAGUCAACCGCAACAGAUUUGUCCACCAAGCAACGAUUAUUCGUUGACGAGUUUUGCGGAUAAUUUAGAUAAUACGUUUAGUAGCUACAAUUGUAACUUAGACUAUACAACAAUGGCGACGGCGACGAUGCAGCCGACUGGAGGCCUAGGACCAGCCUACGACAGACAGCAGAGCACUGAUUCCGGCUGGGAUAAUCCUUUUCGUCCAGGCGGCGAUCUAUCCAGAGAGGCUGAUGAAAUUGUUAGCAUGAUACGUGGUGGCAAACCCAUCACGCCCACAGAGGAUCGUACAAUAGGCAAUGGCAACGCACAGCAUGGCGAUGAUAACUGCAACGGCGCAACAACUGCAAUAGGCGAGAGUGUAACCAAAACAAAUCUCUCGCAAAAUCAAGCGACAGCACAAAAUGGUACAAAUUCCCACGGCAGCAAGGUGGAAGGAUCAACAGGAGGCGGCGGCGGGGGUGGAGCAGGUGGCAAAUCAACGGCGGUGGCUGGCAAUGGAAAGGGAGGCGGAGGUGGAGGAGAGAGCAAUAAUGGCGUCACUUCGCUGGCUCAAGUCUCAAAGCAAGUGGUACCUGGACCAACUUCGGCUAGUCACGUGGUUAUCGACGAGAAGAAGAACAAGAAAAAGGGCUGCUGUGUGGUGCAAUAAUCAAGAAGAAGAACAACAAGAACAACAACGAGACACGAAGCAGAGAGGCAACACAACAGCGAAACAAACAAAAACAGAGGCAAAACAUACAGAACGACAACAAGAACAAGAAAUAGAGAAAGGGAUGGCAACAAGUGCAAGCAAGGAUCACUUGUUGAAGAGGGAGGAGCAGGAGGGAGGGAGGGAGGCGUAUCAUAUUUAAUGUUAAUGUUAAAUGCUAAAAACUGAAACUGACGAAGCUGUUGAUAUUUGAAUGCUGCUGCAUUAUUCGCUUGCUUACACACACACACACACACACAUACAAUCAUGAAAAUAGCUAAAUGAGAAAAUGAAACGCAAGCUCUCUGAACAGAACCAACAAACAAAACCCACAUACAAAACAUACAUACAUAGAAAUGAAACAGCAACAGAACCAAAAGCAAAAGCAGAGUCAGUAACAGCGGCGCUUAACAGUGAAGCUGUUAAGUGCUGUAACAGCUGCUGCUGGAGUAACAGCAGUAACAGCGACGCUUGACAGCGGCUCUGUUAAUGACUGUAACAGCGACUCUGUUAAAUGCUUUUAACAGCUGCUGCUGCUGUUGUCGCUGACUCAGCCGCUGCCGCUGCUUCGGCUGCUGUUGCUGCUUUUGCUAUUGCCGACUCACUCUAAACUCAAUGCGCGCUAUUGCUGUCGCUGUCGAACCCACGUUGCAGUCGCAGCCUAAAUUUAAUGAAAUUGUAACUAUGAUAUAUAUGCACAAUAUAUACACACAUUUCGUAUAUAUUGUGUGUGUCUAUAUAUUUGUUAGUCUGGAUAUAUAUAUAUAUGUAAGUGCAAAGCCGAUGCUAACAGUUGAGACAUCAUAACGAACAUGAGAGAUCAGCUGUUGAAUUAUUAUGAUGCUGAUUAUAUAGCGUAUAUAUAUGAAUCGAUAUAUAUAUAUGUAUAUGCGUAUAUAAAUAUUUUUUUCCUUUUUUUUUUUUGUAAUGUGACUCGACUUUAUAUACAUACAUACAUAUAUAUAAUAUAUAUUUUUUUCGUAUUUGUAAAAUUAGUGCAGCUUUUUAAAGAACAUUUAAAAAGUCGAUAAACAUAAAAAAAAAAACAAACAAAAAAUGAGAAAACGAUGAACAGAAAAAAAAUAAGAAAAAAAAAACAAAAGUUUUGCCUGCAUGCAUAAAUGAGAACAAGAAAAGAAAACAAAAGAGAAAGAAAAAAACAAAAAAUGUAUUUAUUUUUUAUUUAUAUGACGAUGAAAGUAAAGAAAUUAAAUUAAAUGUUAAACCUUAAACAAAAUAUACAAAAACUAGACACACACACACACACACGAAUACAUACAUAUAUAAACACACACACACACGUAUACAUAGCUAAAAUGCAGUUUUGCAUUUGUAUUAAAACGAAACCUUAAACAGCAAAAAGCUCUAUUUCUAUAACUUUCUGUCUGUCUUCAUUCUCGAUAUAUCGAUAUCGAUAUCGAUUACCCCAGUUGAAUUUGUCACGCAUGAAAAACGCACAGAAAUCAACACACACACACAAACAAACUUUGCGUUCCCAAUUCAUGUUUUCUCAGGCUUCCUUUUUUUUUUGUUUCGUUUUUUUUUCCUGCUUGUGGAAAAGUCAACUUUUCGUAUGGAUUUUCAGCAGCAUCAUUUGAAUUGUGCUUGCGAUUUAAUUAGAUCUGUGUGUGUGUGUAUGUAUGUCACAUCAACCCACCCACCCACACACACAUACACACACACACACACAUUCACAAUGACCAACACACACACACAUAGAAUGUCGCGCUUAAAAAAAAAUAACUUACAGAAAGCUAAACCAAAUAGAUAAACGAGAACCGAUUCAAUACACCGAUACAAACCCACACACACACACACAUACACACCAACCAACACUCAGCCUAAGCAUUAAAGUGCUGCAUUUGAUAAAUGUAAUAAUAAUUAUUAAAGAACAAGAAAAGAAAAACAAAAGAUAUAUAUGUAAUAGCAAUCCCCGAAAAAUAUGUGCUAAUUAAAUUUCGAAUACAAAUCAAGAGAAGAACAAGAAAUCAAAAAAAAAAACGUGAAACCAGAAGCAAAAAAACAAGAAAAGAAAAGCAAAUCAACAACAAAAAAAAACAUGAAAUCAGUGAACUAAACAACAAAAUAAAUGCAACAAGAAAUCAA